AUGCAGUCUACCUGGAAAACCAUGGAAUAUUUAUAUUAUUUGGGAAUUUUCAUUUUAUUGCUGAAACUAUCAGAAAGUGCCUCAAUUGAUAUUUCCUCCACCACCGAGAGAUCAGCGAGCAAAGAGCGACCUAGUGUUAAACAGACUUUGGAUGAAUGUAAUACUUCGUUCAGUUGGAUGUGUUUGAAAAUUGAGUUUGUGCGAAUACUGGAACAUUUGACGGAACGUGAGGAGUUACGACUUUUAAAUGGCAUCAGUCUUGUCAAGGAUCCCGAAGUUAAGGAAAUAAAAACCUCUGAAUUAAUGGCAGAUGUAGCACGUAGCUAUCCCAAUGAUCCAAAUGCCAGAAUAAAUGGUUUCAUAGUGAAUAAAAUCAACAAUUUCUUGCAAACACAUUAUCUACGCUUUAAACUGAUUGAUGAUAAGACAGUGCUGCAAGCACGUUCAAUGGUGGAAACCGGACGUGGUGGAAAGUUUGGUAAAAAAGGUGGCUUGGAAUAUAUAUUGGCUGCCGGUCUGAUGAUGAAAGGUACUCUUUUGGCCAUUGGUAUGGGUGGCAUUGCUCUGAUGGCCGGUAAAGCUCUGAUGGCUGGUCUCAUGGCCUUGACGCUUUCUGCAGUUUUGGGCCUAAAGAAUAUUGCGGGUGGUGGCGGUGGCAAAUCACACACCUAUGAGAUUGUUACAAAACCCAUUUACACCUCCAGCCAUACGCAUUCUGGCGGCCACGAUGAUCAUGCGGCCCAUAUGGGUCACAGUGCCAGUGGUUAUGGUGGUUAUGGACGAUCGUUAAAGUUGAACUUACCUGCAAGUUUAAAAGAGACAAAAGUGCAUUAA